AACAAAGUCACCCGCAUCCAGAGUGUGAACUACGGCACCGUGAAGUGGGUGCUGCACGUGAUGGUCUUCUCCUACGUUAGGUGAGUAUUACUGAGAAACAGCUGGCUGACGUGAUAGACAUGGAGAGAUGACAAGGUGCCCGAAUAUUCCUGAGCUUUGGGUCAGCUGCUGGGCUGACCCAGAGUGGAGAUCUUUUUAUUUGAGAAACUCUUCUAAAAUCCAGAUUUAGCCAGACAUGCUUCGCGCUGGUGAGCGACAAGAUGUACCAGCGGAAAGAGCCAGUCAUCAGCUCGGUGCACACCAAGGUGAAGGGUGUGGCAGAGGUGAUGGAGGAGGUGGUGGAUGGGAUGAAGAAGUCAGUGCGGAAGGUCUUUGACACCGCGGAUUACACCUUACCUUUGCAGGGAAACUCCUUCUUCGUGAUGACAAACUACCUCAUAACCGAAGGCCAGGAGCAGGGGCUGUGCCCCCAGUUCCCAACGCCCAGGACUCUCUGCUCCUCAGACCGUGGCUGUAGGAAGGGCUGGAUGGACCCGCAGAGCAAAGGAAUCCAGACCGGCAAGUGUGUGGUAUACAGCGGGACCAAGAAGACCUGUGAGGUGGCCGCCUGGUGUCCCACCGAGACCGUGGAAGAGGCCCCCCGGCCUGCACUCCUGGGCAGCGCAGAAAACUUCACAGUGCUCAUCAAGAACAACGUCGACUUCCCUGGUCACAACUACACCACGAGAAACAUCCUCCCGGGCCUGAACACCUCCUGCACCUUCCACAAGAUGCAGAACCCUCAGUGUCCCAUUUUCCGGCUAGGAGACAUCUUCCGGGACGCCGGAGACCGCUUCUCUGAAGUGGCUGUGAAGGGAGGAAUCAUGGGCAUUGAGAUCAACUGGGACUGCAACCUGGACAGGUGGUCCCACCGCUGCCGCCCCAAGUACAGCUUCCGACGCCUGGAUGACAAGACCGCCAAUGAGUCCUUGUACCCCGGCUACAACUUCAGGUACGCCAAAUACUACCGGGAAAAUAAUGUGGAAAAACGAACUCUGAUAAAAGUCUUCGGGAUCCGUUUUGACAUCCUGGUUUUUGGCACGGGAGGAAAAUUCGACAUUAUCAGUCUGAUUGUGUACAUCGGAUCUACCCUUUCCUACUUUGGUCUGGCCACUGUGUUCAUCGACUUUCUCAUCAACACCUACUCCAGCGCCAUCUGCCGGUCUCACGUCUAUCCUUGGUGCCCGUGCUGCGAACCCUGUGCAGCCAAUGAAUUCUACUACAGGAAGAAGUGUGAGGCCGUGGUAGAGCCCAAGCGGACGUUAAAGUACGUGUCCUUUGUGGAUGAACCCCACAUUCGGAUGGUGGACCGGCAGCUCCUCGGGAAAAGCCUGCAACAUGCCAAGGGCCAAGAAGUCCCAAGAGCCCCGGUGGACUUCGCGCGCCUGUCCAAGCUGCCUGGCUCUCUCCUGGCCCCAGCCCUGGCCCCUGGACGACCAGAGGAGAUGCAGCCACUUCACGGGGCGGGGUCCCCCAAGUCUGGGGACAGCCCAGACUGGUGCCAGUGUGGAAAGUGCCUCCCGUCCCAGCUCCCUAAGGAGAGCAAGUGCCUGGAGGAGGUGUGCUGCCGGCGGAAGCAGGGGCCCUGCAUUACCACCUCUGAGCUCUUCGGGGCCCUCGUGCUGUCCCGACACGCGCUGCGGCAGCUGUUGCUCUACGAGGAGCCCUUGCUGGUGCUGGACGAGGAGGCUACCAACAGCCGGCUGCGACACUGCGCCUACAGGUGCUACACUGCCUGGCGCUUUGGUUCCCAGGAUGUGGCCGACUUUGGCAUCCUGCCCAGCUGCUGCCGCUGGCGGAUCCGGAAGGAGUUUCCCAGGAGCCAGGGCCAGUAUGGCGGCUUCCAGUGUCCCUGCUGACCACGGGGCUCCUCCCCUGUGGCACUGCAUCCUUGGGGCAGACGGACCCCACGAGCCCCAUGAAACCCAACACAAGCCGGCCACACAUACCCUUGCCACGACGGGGUCAAGAGACACAAAUUUCAGGCUCAGUCUUGUCCCCAGGAAGCUGUGUGACCCUUAGCCAUCUGUGUACACCUCAUUCAUUCUUGACCUGCUGGUCUGGAGCUAUUGCAGGGACAGCUGGGACAGUGGGUAGGGUCCGUCUCACCAAUACCAGAGCUGUGUGGAUCCCAAGAGUCUUGCUGCGUGCUCAGGGAGGACACUGUCUGCAAGCACAGCCCAGAACAGAGAGGGCGAAAGGUGGCCAUAGACCCUGACACUUGUCCCUUUGUGUACAGACCACUAGGGUGGCUUUAGCCAAUAGUGGAGGUAACACUGUAUCCAUCUCAGGGUCCACCAUCCUGAGGCUGCCUGCUGUGAGGAAGCCCACACGGCCGUGGGGAUGGUGCCCGUGGGGAUGGUAGGGAUCAGCCCCCGGCGCUUAUGCCUCCCGGGCCCAUCCCCGCCCCAGGCCACUGCCCAAGUGACAACUGCCCUGUCAGCUGGACAGCUGAAUAGUUGUCUCACAUCACUGGGUUCUGGGGUUGUGAUGCAAAUAACUAGGCAGAGCACAAGCUCACCCAUGGGGACACCGAGACACCAACAAGCCUACACCAUCGCUGGCCCAGAGCUUCAUGGAGGACGGGGGCCCCUCAGGAGUGCAGGUUUCUACCAGGCAUCUCUGGGGGGCUGCAGAGCCAGCUAGGAGACUCAUGAAGCAGCCCAGGAGACAGCAAGCCUGAGGGACCACAGCGACCUCUCAGGUCCUGGCCUGUGGCCAUCCCAGGGGCCACACCUCUCAGCCUCCUCCAGGCCCAUCCUCAGAGAAUAGCGAUGUGAGCAGCCCCAGGGUGGGGACCACUCAGCAUCUCCACUUCAUGGGUCUGUCACUGGGGCCCUUUACUUUUCAACAACAACCACUUUAAAGAACAGGGACAACAAAGAAUAAUACUGAAAUACUGUGACCCACAAUUGUGAGUUUUAAAAUAGAUACUCCAAGACUUACUUGGGGCCAAUAUUGGGGGUCGAACUCAGGGGCUGGUAUAGCCAAGGGGAGUGCCUUAUCCUUACUUUUUAUAUUGAGACAGAGUUUCUCUCACUCAGUUACCCAGGCUGACCACAGACUCAUACCCUUCCUGCCUCAUCCUCCUGAAUAGCUAGGAUUAUAAGCAUACACCAUGGUGUCCAGUUUAUCUUUUUAAUAACUUUAAAACAAGCAGCUUUCUACUAUAUUAAUCUAAAUUUUGAAAAGCAUGAAUAAAACCCCUCUUUUUGACCUAGGGUUUUAUGUGCCUUUACACUCAGGAAUAAGCUAACUGUGCCAGACUGAAUUUUCACUUUUUGCCUCCUUUUCAGAGAUAUUUUCCCCAAAGUGGACAAUGUAUGGUAUGGCUUCUUCAGAAUUGUAGCUUUUACCCUGAGGAGUCCGUAACAGCCACAGGUUUGGGUUCUGAUGGCCUCUGAGCCUCAGGACGUCUAUUUUUGCUGCCUUAUUCCUGUGUUUGUCACCUUGUUGAGGCCCCAGGUGAAGUCAGAUUUUUUUUUUUAAUUGAGCAAGGUCUCACUAUGUAGUCU